AUGGGCCAGCUGAUGCAUGUUCUUAUUACUUUCUUCUAUAGCAACAUGUUCUAUCUUACUUUUACACCCUUUGCUAGCUCCGUUUAUUUCAAAAUCUCAAGUUUUACUUCAAACAAUAACGAAAUCCUAUAUAGAGGAAGUGCUGCGCCUUCUUCUGGAGCCGUACAAUUGAACCCUGUGAACUAUGUGUGCCAAGUAGGCCAGGCCAUCUAUGCUGAUAGAGUUCAAAUGUGGGAUUCCAGCUCAGGGAAAGUCUCAGAUUUCACUACGCGUUUCUCCUUCACCAUUGACACCAACGAUCAACUCAACUAUGGAGACGGGUUUGCAUUCUUUCUUGGCCCCGCGGAUUUCCAAAUCCCACCCAACUCUGCUGGUUCCUUUCUUGGUCUUUAUAACUUAUCUAAUUAUAGAGAGUCGUCCGAAAAUCACAUGUUUCAUGUCGAGUUCGACAGUUUUGUUGACACUGAUUGGGAUCCUCUGUAUGAGCAUGUUGGGAUAAACAAGAAUUCCAUCUUUUCAGCUAACACCACCGCUUGGAGUGCUGGUAAUCACAGCGGAGAUGUUGCUGACGUUACAAUCUCUUAUAGUGCUCAAACAAUGAUGAUGAUAGUAUCUUGGACCUACAAUAAUCCUACUCCAGAAACUUCAAGCGUUUCAUAUCAUGUUGACCUUAAGGAGGUUCUCACUGAAUGGGUGACCAUAGGCUUUUCCGCUGGCACUGGCAACCUUAAAGAGAAAAAUACACUUUUAUAUUGGGAGUUCGAUUCAAGCUUAAAUGGUAAAUGGCGAAACCCGGAAGAGAGAUCAGGUAUAUCGACAGCUGGUUACUUAGUUCCUGGUGCCAUAGGUGUGAUCAUAGGUAUGGUCAUAGCCACGAUAAUCGGUAUUCCGGUGUUCAUUCUUUUCAAGAAGGGUUGUUGGAUCAAAGGUAAAGGAAGAAGAACCAAGAAAUCGACACAAGAGAAAAAUAAGUUGAUCAAAACAUCCAGUAGUGCUGAUAUUGAAAGUGAAGGAAGGUCGGCACCAUUGAAAUAUUCUUACUCUGAUCUGCUUUUGGCCACAAACGGCUUCUCCGAUGAUAAUAGGGACGUCUUCCAAUUCCACUUCUCCACGAGGUUGCGGUUAAGAAGAUCUCAGAAGAUUCUACACAAGGAGAAAAUGAGUGUGCGGCUGAGGUGGCAACCAUAG